CAUUUAGCAGUCCACUCUAAAUGCAUUUUCCUUUACCACCCACACAGUCUCUAUUCUAUCAGCGAACAACAAGAGUGAAGUGAAGAAGAUCAGAAUACUAUAGAAUAGAAAAAAAAAAUAGAGUUGUAAGAAAUUAGGGUUUGAGUAGAGAAAUGUUUGGAACAGCGAUUAGAAAUGUAGCUAAGAAACUGAAACCUAAAAUGGGAGCUGUUACGCUGAAAACACCGCCGGAACAAAGACAAACAAUAACAAGGACUCUCUUUGAUAUUGUUAAGGAACAUGGUCCAAUUACUGUUUCUAAUACCUGGGAACGUGUUAAGGAAGUUGGAUUGAAAGAUUUGACAAGCAAGAAUCACAUGAAAGUAGUUUUGAGAUGGAUGAGGGAGAGACAGAAGCUUCGUCUUGUUUGCAACCAUGUAGGAGCUCAUAAACAAUUCCUCUAUACCACUUGGUUUACCAAACCAGGUACUACUGCUCAAGCUACAACUACAACGACAACAACAAUGGGAAACAUUCCUCCAAAGAAAAAGCCAGUACGAUCUUGAAAAUUUUAUCAUCAAUAGCCAAGACUCGAGAGGAUGGGAAGAAUAAUGGAAGACUAUAGUAUAAUUUUAGUGUCACUAAUGAGGAAUUUGAAUAUUGGUUCAUAUGGUUGGUUCAGUUAAAUUUGAUCUUCCUGAUUGUGUUGCAUCUGUUCCUAUGUUCUUCAUUAAUGCAAAACUAGUUGAUUACUACUAUAGCACUAUGUAUUGGUGCUUUGGCCAAUUGUUUUUUCUUAUUGUUAGCAUUAGGUAUUGGCUUAUUCUCUCUGCCUAGUUAUUUGAAAAGUAGGAAUGGCAUGUUUGGAAGCUUCAGUUUUAAAUUGGUUCAAAUAUUUUCACCAGGACUCAACACAUGUUUCAAAUAUUAGGCAGGUUUAGGUAAUUAUGACCUUCCAAAACAAAAUUUGUAAACAAAUAGGUAUUGACUUGUUAUUGAUCUUCAAAUGAUAAUUAGUAGUCAAUUUUUUUUUUUUUAACUACAAUGCGUAUCAGCUGAAUUGUUUCCAUAUGUAAAUAUUAAUAUUCAACAAGAAUUAUAAAUCAAAUAUA